AUGGAUUCGGGGCUAUCAUGGGCUGAUCAAUGGGAUUACAACUCUGACCCGCCUCCAAAUUCAAGUAAAGAAGAUGAUAAGAAGAAAAAGAAGAAGAACAACAAGGAAGACGGAAACAAAAGCAGUUUCGGGAAGGCCAUACUUGGCUUGAAAUGGGUGAAGGAACUUCGCAAGAAAACUGAUAAGUAA